GUCCAAAAUUUGAACAUGGGUCGAAUAAACUUCUUCGUGUUAUGGUCUUUACGUGAGGCGCCCCGUCAGUUCAUCUCCAAAUCCAACCGCAGGUGCCAUCAGGUCCAAAUACCAUUGCCACUUCCCCAACAACUGGUCGUGUUUGGUCUUGGAGAAUGGAGAUCAAACGAGACCAUCAUCUUGGUGGACGUUAUGGUCAGCCAGGAUGUCAAACCACAGAGGAUUGGAACUCUGACGUCUCAGACAAGAUGUCUCAUUUGGGAGGGAGGGUGGAAUCCUGAACUAGUCACAGAAGCAGCCGAUAUGAACAGGAGAGGAGUCUAUGGAAAGAUUAUUCUCAGUGUCUGUGGGGAGGAUAAAGCCAAUGACAGUACUUUACUUGGGACAUCGAAGCAUUCCACCUCUGACCUGCAGAGUAUUGCUGAUGUCUCCCAGACUCUGUUCAAAGACAGUGGCAGUAUACAGAUUAGUCCCAACUCCUCAGAGUUGGAAGACAGUGUUUGCUAUGCUGAGCUGAAAGCUAACAAGCCAGAAUACCAUGACUCCACCCUACUUAGAAAACCCACCAUCAGGAAACCCACUGUCUGGCCUACAGACAAGACCCCGUGUAGGACUGUGAUUGGGAAGAGAGGUCGAUUUCCAUGGAGUUCAGAAGAUCUUGGUGGUCUUCAGGAAGACACUGGCCAAGCAUCCAUCCCCAAGAAGAGGAAGGUGUCCAGAACGAGCAGCGAGGAGAUGACUGUGAAUAUAAAGAAGUGCAGAGCAGCAGUUCAUCCAUCAGAGCGCUGGUGCCACACCUUGUGUCAGACUGAUGCAGAAACGGCUGUUGUCAUCGGAGGGGAGUCUUCAGAACAGACCCACUGCAAGGACUCCCUAUGGAAACUGGAAAUGGACAACGACUUCUGGUUCCCAAUGAACCCAUCUGCCUGUGGCACUGUGCCCCCCUGUGCCCGUGGGCAUUCUGCCUCCUAUGAUCCAGGGUCCAGGUCUGUGUUCGUGUACGGGGGUCUGAGGGAGGGGCAGCGCUUCAGCGACCUCUACAUCCUGGACACGCUGACCUGGAAGUGGAGGCUUGUCACUGCAAGAGGCAACGUUCCAAUGUUGGCAUAUCACUCUGCAGCUUUUUACAAGAAGGAGCUGUAUGUAUUUGGAGGAGUUCACCCCAGUCACGGGCCUGGUGGCAGGGUCUGCAGUAACGCAUUGUACAUCUACAACCCAGAAUUUGAGCUGUGGUACCAACCCAUAGUAGAGGGAGAUCGACCACUGCCCAGGUUUGGACACUCGACUAUCUUGUUGUCAAACAACUUGAUCAUCUUUGGUGGCAGAAAGACUGCCACCUUCCUAAAUGACCUCCACUUUUUGGAUCUUGGUUUCAUGGAGUACACAGCUGUGAAAUCUGGGAACAUGCCACCACUGCCUAGAGGAUUCCACGCUGCCCUCCCGGUGUCAGAUAACAGAAUGCUGGUCAGUGGUGGCUGCAGUUCUAUUGGUGCCUUGCAGGACAUCCAUGUCUUCAACGUAGAGACCAGUAUGUGGAGUUCGUUGACGUCUGCUGUGCUCUGCUCCAAGCCUCGCGCCGGGCACAGCCUGCUUCCCCUGGGGGGCUCCGGGCUCACGGACGCUAAGAAAUGGAAGCAGGGAGCAUAUGGGAGCCUCCGCUGUACACUCUUGGUGUUCGGAGGAUCCGACUGCGCCGGAAACUUCUACAACGACACCGUCAAAUGUACUCUGGAGAUCCCUGUCGGUGAGAGUCAGGUUCUCAGGCUGUGAAGAUGACUCGGUGACAAACCAGGCGAGUCUAGUGUGAUUUGGGAGGACGUGUUGGAAGAUGCAGAGGAGGGGAAAAGCAGGCGUUAGACUCCCGUGUGCUCGUUCAAGACGCACCGUGACUCUGUGUCACAUGACUCAUGCUGCUCGUUGGUGGCAUUUACAUGUUCUACACACGUGUGGUUGUUGUAGCCGCUGUCGGUCUUUUAAUUGGCUCCAUUUACACACUUGCAAAUCCUCCUUUCAGGGAGGGAUGUUGCCUUUCAGUGCUUUUUCUCUGUUGGUUGGAUCUUAGAACCCUACAGUUUUUCUCAAUGGGUACUGACAAUAAUGCAGGCACAAGGCACAUCAA